CAAGUGGUUUUUUUUUUUUUCACGAGCACGGCUCAUUUUUCCCAAACUCCGGUUUCCCGCCCGCCGAUUUCUUCCUCGGUACUUACACCACGAAUUAGUGCAAAGGACUAUCGGCAAUGAAGGCUUUCAUCAUCCUUACCGUGGCCAUAAGCGCGGCAGUGGCGCGGCCCGAGGCACCCCUGCCCUCCUCGUACUACCCGUCGCCGUCCGACUCGAGCGGCGGUGGUUACCCGGCCCCCGUUUACGGCUCGCCGCAGCAGCAGCCCGUGAUCCACAAGCACGUGUACGUCCACGUGCCGCCGCCCGAGGCCCCGGAGUACAAGGCCCCGAAGUACGUGCCCGCACCCCCACCCCCGCAAAAGCACUACAAGAUAGUGUUCAUAAAGGCCCCGACGCCGCCGACCCCGACCGCCCCGGCCCUGCCGCCCUUGCCCCAGCCCGACGAGGAAAAGACCCUCAUCUACGUGCUGGUGAAGAAACCCGAGGAACAGCCCGACAUCGUCAUACCCACCCAGGCUCCGACCCAGCCCAGCAAGCCCGAGGUCUACUUCAUUCGCUACAAGACCCAGAAGGAGCAACAGGGCGCCUACGGGCCACCAAGCGUCACGCCCGGCACGCCGAUCGACAACUACGGGCCCCCGAGCCACAACGACGGGCCCUACUAGCGACGCGGCGUACAGGAGA